AUGAAUAACCGGCCUGUCGAGCAGGCCUUGGGUACUCUGGUCCCGACCCAUGCCGGCGAUCUGCCCCAAGAGCUACUCAGCUUGGCCCUGAGUCUUGUUGCGCAGUCCCGUGCCUUUUCCGCCAGCUUGAAGCCCGAAGAAGAGAUCGCGCGACCCUACGCUUGUGCGGAGAUUGCUUGCAAGAGGUUAAGUCGAGCUCUCAAACUUCCUCCUCUGCUCGGCCGUCCCCCAUGUCCGCCGCGCGUUUACAAAAAGCUUUAUACAUACCUCGACAAUUCUCUUUCCGCCAGUUCAGCAGGAAUUAAACGCUCCGCAAGUGGUUCAAUUCCCGGAACACCGUCGAGAUCCGGAUCUACACAGACCACUCCUACCAAGACAGGGAACACCCCUUCCAGGGCUGCACCUACGCCUCGCGGCCUGCAGAACACACCAUCCAAGUCCACGCCGUUGAAGCGAAGUAUUAGCGUGGCGAACAAACUAGCAUCGCCGUCGAAAUCAGCACGCAAGGCAGCCCCAGCACGGUCCAAUGGACUUGUCAAUUCAACAAUCAUUCCAGAUGCCCCAGCAUGGGUGAUGACCGCGAUCCGAACAAUCUGCAAGACACUUUCAACACCAGCACCGCGCACGACAAGCCUAUCCAGACCUCCAAUUUCAAGGACCUUGCCUCCUCACAUCUUUGCCGGUGUAUCAUCCAUCCUCUAUCUCACGGCAAGCAUGUCCAAUGACGAGGAAGGGAUGGACGAAGAGACGCUCGAUUUCCUGGAACCAAUUGUGUCCAUUCAAGGCAACGAAGAUGAUUUCAAGGAGCUUGUGUAUGCGAUGAUCGUUGCAGUCUAUUUCAUCGUCCUAGCGCGGCGAAGAAACCCUGCGCCGUCGGCUGACGGCGAGGUGACGAAUUCCGAAACACAGAAGAUGGACAAGAAGACAUUCAUGGAGAUGCGCCAGACUGCAUUGACCAGCCUCAGUCUCCCCAACGCCAGGCGGCAUCGUGAUGAUGUUGAUCAGUGGAUUGCUUUGAUCAUGGAACAAGGUUGGGCGAAUGGCAAGGAAUGGUUUGAUAAUAUCCCGCUUGCUGGUGAAUUGCAUGGCGAGGAUGAGGAGGGAAAUUCAUACCGCCACCUUGACGAGGAAGAUGCUGCAUUCAGGGGUGUCAAAUUGCCCAAACGCAAUGAUGGCACCGCUGGGGCUCGCACCGGACAGCCCAGCAAGCCUACUCACGGCGGGCUCUUGCCCGGUCUGGGCACUAUGAUGCAAGAUCGGGUGGACUAUUUGAGUGAGGAUCGUCGGGAAGAUUAUGUGGAGUGGAAGGCAGAUAUCCUAGCUCGCAUUGAAGGUGCAACUCCUAGGGCCGGGCGUGCUGCUGCGUGA